AUGGCCGCUCGUUCCAAGUUGCUCGCCCUUCUACCCUUCCUUGCGCUCUCUCAAGCUGCUACCAGUGAGGAGUGGAGGUCGAGGUCUAUCUAUCAGAUCGUAACCGACCGUUUCGCUUCCCCCUCCGAUUCCGCCUCUUGCCCCCUGGGCUCGACCACCUACUGCGGCGGUACUUGGCAAGGCAUCAUCUCCAAACUCGACUACGUCCAGAGCUUGGGCUUUGAUGCGGUGUGGAUCAGUCCGACCGCUCUGAACGUUGAGGGGAGUACAGAGUAUGGCGAGGCUUACCAUGGUUAUUGGACGUCCGACCCGACGCAGCUCAACUCCCAUUUCGGCAACGAAACCGACCUUAAAGCGCUUUCCUCAGCCCUCCACAGCAGGGGCAUGUAUCUCAUGGCCGACAUCGCCCUCAAUGCCCUCUCCUCCGCCUCAUCCACCCUUUCAGCCGACUCCCUCUCUGCCGCGAACGACGGUACACUUCUUUUCAAGGACCCUUCCAACUAUCAUGAUCGGUGCGAUAUCGAUUACAGUGAUGAAGACUCGAUCAGGCAGUGUUGGUUGACUACAGGGGAUGAUAAUGGGGCUGUAGCUAUGAUGGAUCUCAAAACGGAGGAUGACACCGUUGCUGGGGUGUUGAAAGAUUGGAUAAAGGAGUAUGCGGAGAAUUAUGAUAUCGAUGGGCUGAGGGUGGAUGCUAGUAGGCAUAUGGGUACGGAUUUCCAGCAUGACCUGUGUGCGGCGGCUGGUAUCUUCUGUAUCGGCGAGAUCUUUGAAGACAACACCAGCUAUGUGGCAGGGUUCCAAGGCGAUGGUGCCCUCGACGCUACCCUCGGCUUCCCCAUGAAGACGGGCCUCAUCGACACAUUCACCGGCUCCGAUACCACCUCCACCUUGGCAGGCUACAUCUCCGACGCUGCUCAGUACUACGCCGACCCGACAGUCAUUGGCACCUUCCUCGACAACCACGACCUCCCCCGGGUGAACUCGUUGACGGAUGACACGACGUUGGUUUGGAACGCGCUGGUAGGGCAAUUCUUGUAUGGCGGGAUUCCCAUUGUGUAUCAGGGCACGGAGCAAGAUAUUGCCGAUGGGCCUGGGGACCCGCAGAACCGCGAAGCGUUGUGGAAUUAUAACGACUAUUCCACUUCUGGGGAGACGUAUGGGAGGAUUAAGAAUCUGAACAAGAUCAGGUCUGGGCUGGGAGGGGCUGAUAGUAGCUUUUACGAGACUGUUGGGGAGGUCUUAGCCCAGCAGGAUAGUGAUAUUGCUAUCAAGCGGGGCAAUGCUCUGGCUGUAUUGACCAAGCGAGGUGGAUCGGGGACUGGCACUUGGACUGUCAGCGGCGCCGACUUUGGCAAUUCUGCUUCCAUUGUCGAUCUUCUUUCAUGUGAUUGGUCGACUACCUCGGACUCGGGCGAUAUCACCAUCACCUGGACGGCUGGCCAGCCUUUCGUCUAUGUGGCGUCGGACGUUGCCAGUCAAGCUGGUUUGUGUCAGUGA